AUGGAAUCUGUGUCUACUUCAGCAGCAGGCAAUGUUGCUGCUGCUGGCGCUGCAGUCACGGGGACUGGGGCGGCAGCGGCAAACGCGGCACAGUGGCAGUUUGAUGGCAGGGUUGUUUCGGCAGCAGCGGGAGGCACGAGCGGGCUUGGCACGGCACCAGCAGUACCAGCAGCAGCGAUUGCACUGACUGAAGCUGGUGUUUCAGGCCAAACACCGGCUGCUGUGUUUCGUGCCUCCACUCCUCCUCCGUUCCUCUUCUCCUCCUCUCCCACUCCCCUCUUCUCCUCCUCUCCCGUUGCCCUCUUCUCCGCCUCUCCUGCACUUGCCUCUUCUGGUCUGACCAGCACAGUUAUUCCCCCUCCUGGUGCCUUCAUCAGCAGCAGUGGCGGCAGUGGUGGCAGCAGCAGGCCGACGCCUCUGUUCCGCAGAGAGGAGUUUCAGCGGCUGAGAGCGCACGAUGUUGGGAGCGACGCUGCGGGGAUGAUAGCAGAGGCGGUGGCGGCAGUAAUGGAGGAGGCGAGGGAGGAGAUAGAGCAGGUGAGGGCUGCUGCACGCGCUGCUGCCGAUGAGGCUUAUGCUAAAGGGCGGGCGGAGGGCAGGGAGGAGGGGAGGAGGGAGGGGAGGGAGGAGGCGUGGAGGGAAGGGAUGGAGGAUGUGAGAUUGGAUGGGAGAAUUGCGGGGAGGAAGGAAGGGAGAGAGGAGGGGAGGAAGGAGGGGAGAGAGGAAGGAAUGAAGGAGGGAAGAGAGGAAGGAAGGAGGGAAGGCAGAGAGGAGGGGAGGGCAGAAGCAAUGCAGAUUGCACAAGAGGAGCUGGAGGAAGCUGCAAGGAAGGUGCGGGAGCUGGAGGAGCGAGUAGCUAGAGCUGAAGAGAUGGUCCUGAUGAACAGUAAAGAGAGCAGCACUGGGGCUCUUCAGGAGGGCACAAUCCGCGUUAUAAACAGUUCCAUGAGCAAUACCAUGGAGGCUCGGCUUGUGCUGCAGCAGUUUGAGUAUUUGGCGGCUGCUGUGAUGGAUGCAGUGGUGUCUGGGGGUAGAGAGGAGGGUGGUGAUGAAGAGAGGGGUCUGCGGCAGGUGAAGAUGGAGAGAGGAGAAGAGAGGAGGGGUGUGAGGGAGAGUGAGGAGCUUAUGGCGCGUGUGAGGGAGCUGGAAGGCAGGAUCGAGGAAGCUUCUGAGAAGGAAAGGUAUACGAUGGAGAUUGCAGCGGUUGCCUUGGAGUCAGCUGUGGGUGAGGCGGUAACACAGGCAGUAGCACGGGCUGAGAAGAAGGAAGUGGAAGCUUCUGAGAAGGAAAGGUAUACGAUGGAAAUACUAGGGAUUGCACUGGAAGGUUUAGUAGAGGCGGCAGUAAGUCAGGCUGUUGCCAAGGCAGAGGCUCGGAUGCACGAGGCUGAGAAACAGGUUCGGGAGAAGGUACGGGAGGAGCUCUGGAAGCAGGUUCGGGAGGAAGUCCGGGAAAAGGUUUGGGAGGAGGUUUUGCCUGAAGCUGAGCAGAAGGCUCGGGAGAAGCUGAAUGCUGCGUGGGCAGCUGUUGCUAAAGCCGAGGCUGCUGUGGAGGCUCGGAGUGCUGCUGUGGUGGAGGAGGGGCGAGUGAUGAUGGAGGCAGCUGCAGAGCAGGCUGCUACCGCGGCUGUAGCAGCAUCUGUAGCAGCAAAGGAGUCUGUGGCUGCAGCUGUAGCAGCAAAGGGGUCUGCGGCUGCACCUGUAGCAGCGAAGGAAUCUGUAUCAGGCUCAGGAAAGGAUGAAGGGGGAGUGGGGCUGGAGGCAAGGAAAUGGAUGGACGAAGGGGAACGAGCUGAUGAUGAUGAAGAGGGGGAGACGGAGGAGGCAGAGGGGGAGGAGGUAGGGGAGGGGGAGGCGGCGGCGGAGGGGGCCGGGGAGGGGGAGGGGGAUGACGUGGAGGGGGAGGGGGAUGACGUGGACAGCAUGCUGGAGGCGCUGUUGGGAUUGGCUGAGAAUAGAGGGGCGGAUGGGGAGGGCGAUGAUGGGGAUGGGGCGGAUAACAGGGAGAUCAAGUAUGUGGCAUGGAACGGUGGCAAGGCUGCUGGCUCCUGGAGCCCUGGCAUGGUGAAUGGAGCUGUCUGUGAUGAUAAAGAUGCCCUGCAUGGCUGUGCCCCACAAGCCAAGCACUCUGCAUCAGCAUCUUCCUCCCCCGUCCUCCGUUCCUCCUCUUCUCCUCUCUCCCGAACCGGUGCGUCGGCGUUGGGCACGCGGAGGCGGCAGGUGCGGCCCGUACGUCUGUUUGGUUCGGGCGAGGGACGGAGUGCAACAGCGACUGAAUCUGCCUCCUUGGAAGAGACACAUCUGGACGAGAUAUCGAAGCUCUUGCAGAAGUUCAGUAUAGGAGCCGCCAAGGAGGAAGGCCACACAAACUGA